CUAGCUGCAGCCAGAGGCAUGCGGUGAUGGAGUUCACGGGGCCGGAGCACGCCGCCGGGACGCCCCCCGGGACGCGCUCGCCCUCCUCGGGGAACAGCGGCGAGGCGAGGUACCGCGAGUGCCUGCGCAACCACGCCGCGGCGCAGGGCGGGCACGCCGUGGACGGCUGCGGGGAGUUCAUGCCCUCCAGCGCCCACGACCUGCUCAGGUGCGCCGCCUGCGGGUGCCAUCGCAGCUUCCACCGCAGGGACGACGGGCAGCAGCAGCAGCACCCCCGCCUCUUCCUCCCUGCGCCCGGCGCCACGUCGACGACGCCGACGCCGCGCGUGCCGCUGCUCAUGCCACCGCCGCAGCAGCAUCACCACCCCUACGCGGCCGGUCACCCACAGGCGCCGCCGUUCGCGUACAACCCCCACCACCAGCACUACCAACGCACACCCAGCGGCGGUGGCACGACGACCGAGUCGUCCAGCGAGGAGCCCGACCCGGGACCGCCCUCGACGUCGGCUCCAGGGCAGGGGCACGGGCAGGCGCAGCGGCGGAAGCGGUUCCGGACGAGGUUCACGGCGGAGCAGAGGGAGCAGAUGCUGGCGCUGGCAGAGCGGGUGGGGUGGCGGAUGCUGAAACAAGACGAGGCCCUGGUGGAGCAGCUGUGCGCGCAGGCCGGCGUGCGGCGGCAGGUCUUCAAGGUCUGGAUGCACAACAACAAGCACCACAGGAGGCAGCCAGAGUCCCAACAGCAGCAACAAAAACAGUAGGGUGCCCGUAGCCAUGGGAGGGGACAGGCUCACGAAUCCCCACAUCAUUAUUUUUGUACUUCCGACAGGGGAAGAGGGAUGAACUAAACAGGGAGAGUGAAGUGAAGUGAAACCAGGGGCUCUCUCUGAUCUUCAUCAUGUCUCCUAAUCUUACUUCUUG